AUGAUAGCGAGUGGCUGGAGUGUCGGGCACGUGAAGGAAGAGGAUGGGGAGAGUACAGAUGGCAGCCAGUCGCCUGCUUCCUCUGCUUGGCAGCAGUCACGGACAUGGGGUCAGCAGGCCGGUCACCCUGGAGCCGAUCCGGGUUUCAGCGAGCCUCGAAGGCAUCCCAAGAUGGAGACGGGCCUUCUUCCGGCUCCUCCCGGCCUAGGCACUUUGACGGUGGACCAGCUUGGGGUCCUCAGCCAGAACUGCGUAGUGGUCUCCAAUGGUCGGGACUAUGGCUCGGGUGUGAGGGCUGGCUGGCUGUACUGUCGACUGUGUGAUAAGAAGUGUGACAAGUAUGGGAUAAUGCUUGGUCACCUUGCCUCUGCCAAACACAAGGGGGCGAUGGCGGCGUUGCCUCCCACCGAUGAAGCAUCUACAGUGACCCCGAGGGCCUCCAACCCAGCGAAAGUUGAGACUGUCAGCUCAGCCUCAUAUGAGCCCUUCAAUUUCAUGCCCGAUUUUAUUUCAAUGAAGGGGAGUAACUUUGGCUGUAAACUGUGCCAGAGCGGGCCGAUGGGCGUGAGGGGCCUCAGUGACCAUUUAAUAGGGAAGAAGCAUCGAAAGCAAUGUAGUCGGGGUCAGCUGGAAUCGAGUCUCAAGGUCAUACAGACCCUCAAGGGGAUGGCGAAGGGCCCGGCAGCAGGACGAGGGUCGUCCCAGCAGAGUACGAAGGUAGAAGAGCCUUUAGUGAUUAUACCUCUGAGGGCGUUGGAAGGUCUUGUUAAGAAACGCCGACUGUCUGAGGUCCCAUAUGCUGCCUUGCCGGAGUCGGUGGUCAGAAGAUGCGACGGCUACUACUGCCAGCUCUGCAAUGCUAAGCUCUUCGAUGUGUAUACGUUCGAGCCCGUUGUGGAGAAGCCGUCCUUUCCCAAGGAGGAGGAGAAGGUCCUUGCCUUCUGGGAUGAGAUUGACGCCUUUCACACGUCUAACAAGAUGAGUGAAGGCAAACCCGAUUAUGUCUUCUACGAUGGUCCCCCGUUCGCCACUGGCCUUCCUCAUUAUGGCCACAUCCUUGCUGGUACCAUCAAAGACGUUGUCACUCGGUACGCCCACCAGACGGGUCACCACGUUGAGAGAAGGUUUGGUUGGGACUGUCAUGGCCUCCCAGUGGAGCAUGAGAUCGACAAGGACCACAACAUAGGUUCGAAGUCUGAUGUUAUGAAGUGGGGAAUUGCCAACUACAAUGAAGCGUGUCGGUCGAUCGUCACACGCUACACUAAGGAGUGGAGGGAGAUCGUUACACGAUUUGGAAGGUGGAUCGAUUUUGACAAUGACUACAAAACGAUGGAUCGCAAUUUCAUGGAGACGGUGUGGUGGGUAUUUAAGCAACUCUUCGACAAGGGCCUGGUCUAUAGAGCCUUCCGCGUUAUGCCUUAUUCGACUGCUCUCUGCACGCCUCUGUCGAACUUUGAGGUUGCUCAAGGUUAUAAGGAUGUGAGUGACCCCUCUAUCAUUGUGGCCUUCCCUCGCAAGGACAAGGAGAACUCGUACUUGCUUAUUUGGACUACCACACCUUGGACACUUCCUUCCAACCAGGCCAUCUCUGUGAACCCUAGUUUCAAGUACAUUAGAGUCAUCAAUAAGAAAAAUGGUGCUGAGUACAUCUUCGCCAAGGACAGAGCGGCUUGGGUAUACAAGUGCUUGAAGUUGAAUGAGAAGAAGGACGUUGAGGUUGAGGAGACCCUUCUUGGAACGGAACUUGUCGGGAUCCCCUAUGUGCCUCCGUUCGAUUUCUUCGUGAAACAUGAGCGUCCUGGCAAGACCUGGACUGUCCUUUCUGCUGACUACGUUACGGUUGAUAGUGGUACCGGACUCGUCCACCAGUCCCCUGGCUUUGGUGAGGACGAUUACCAGACCUGUGUGAAGAACGGUAUCAUAUCUAAGGAUGGCACUGAUAUGAACCUCCCUCUUGAUGAGUCGGGUCGGUUCACUGAGGAGGUACCACCAUACAAGGGAAUGCACGUGAAGGAAGCUGAUAAGUACAUCAAGGAAGAUAUGAAGAAACGCGGGCUACUGCUUCAUAAUGGCAUGGAGAUCCAUUCCUAUCCUCAUUGUUGGCGCUCGGACACUCCCCUGAUUUACCGUGCAAUCGGGUCGUGGUUCAUCAAGGUUGAAGAGGUUCGAGAUCAGUUGCUCGCUAACAACGAGAAGUCUACUUGGGUACCACGCCACGUCCAAGAGGGUCGAUUUAAGAACUGGUUGGCUGAUGCACGUGACUGGGGUGUGUCUAGGAAUAGAUACUGGGGUACUCCUAUCCCUAUUUGGGCCUCGGAUGACUACCAGGAAAUAGUCUGCAUCGGCAGUGUGGCUGAGCUGGAGGAGUACGCUGGCCAUCCUAUACCGGACAUUCACAGGCACUUCAUUGACGAUAUCAAGAUCCCUAGCAAGACGGGUCGUGGUUACCUCCAUAGGGUUGAUGAGGUUUUCGAUUGCUGGUUUGAGUCGGGCUCGAUGCCCUACGCCCAAGUCCAUUAUCCCUUCGAGAAUAAGGAGAAGUUCGAGGAGAACUUCCCUGCGGACUUCGUCGCUGAGGGCCUUGACCAGACUCGCGGUUGGUUCUAUACGAUGACUGUCAUCGCGACGCACCUCUUCAACCAGCCGGCCUUCAAGAACCUCAUUGUUAACGGACUGAUCCUGGCUGCUGAUGGCAAGAAGAUGUCCAAGCGCCUGAAGAACUACCCUGACCCGACGGAGGUAUUUGACCGUUAUGGAGCUGAUGCGGUUCGAAUGUACAUGUGCAACUCACCGGUUGUCCGUGCUGAGCCGCUGAAGUUCCGAGAGGAGGGUGUCCGGGACACCGUGAAGGAGGUUUUCCUACCCCUCUACAACGCGUACAGGUUCCUGGUCCAAGAGACCUGCCGUUUCGAGAAGCAGGAGAAUACCAAAUUCGUCCCUGACCGAGCGUACAUUCACAAAUCGACCAACCCCACGGACCACUGGAUAUACGCUACCUCACAGGAGCUCCUCAAGUACACUAGGACUGAGCUGGAGUCGUAUAGGUUGUAUACUAUUGUUGGCAAGUUGGUGUCAUUCUUGGACGACCUCACGAAUUGGUAUAUUCGUAUGAACCGCGACCGUAUGCGUGGCGGUGUUGAUAAGGAAAACACUUUGGAGAGUCUGAACACCCUCUACGAUGUUAUGCUCAACUUGACGAUCGUUCUGGCUCCCAUUACCCCCUUCAUCACUGAACACAUUUACCAGAACUUACGACUGGCUCUGCCCGAUGGCGAUCCUCGGAAGGAGAGGAGCGUCCACUUCGUUAUGAUGCCUGACCCCGACGUUCAAGGCCUCGACCCAGCUAUUGUGACUGCCCUCAACCGUGUACAGACUGUUGUGACCAUGGGCCGUCUGUUGCGCGACCACCGUACGGUUGGUCUCAAGACGCCCCUCAGGCGUAUUCGGGUCAUUGCGGAGGACCAGUCUUACCUUGAUGAUAUUCACAGGCUGGAAAACUACGUCAAGGACGAGUUGAAUGUGAUGAGCUUGGAGACAUCCGCGGACACUAGCAUGCUGGCCACUGAGGUCGCGCCCAACUUCCGAGCUCUCGGUGGUCUGGUAGGGAAGCAGAUGAAGAAGGUUGUCACUGAUGUAAGAUGA